GCUGAGCUCGUCCACAUCGCUCUGAGCAGGUAGAGGCGGCGGAGGCAGGAGGCAGGAGCUCUCUCUUCACCUGAACAUCACUUCUUCUCACACUUCUCUCGCCCCCGAGUGCAGGAAGGGAGCUGGGGUGAAGAGGAGAGGUGUCAGCUGGACUUCUCUCACCAAAACAAGCACCAUCAGCCUCCACACAGCACUUGUGAGGGAGGGGGGGACCAAAGUGAGAAAACUGCAGUGGCUCCAAGGGGAGAGAAGUUCUGAGCGUCUCCCUGAACUCUGGAGAGGGUCUCAAAAGAACGCCCGGAGCAGCCAGAGAGACAGGAAUCAGGAGCCAACUACUGGUGACGAAAGAGGGAAAAGUGUCUUCAGCUUGGAGUCUGUGCUUCACGAUGGGAGUCCGACCGCAUCCCCCGGCCGUUGUGAGCACUUUGCUCCCUCUGACCCUUGGCAUUCUGACCGUUCUGCCUCAAAGCCUCCUGGGUAACCCGGCAGAGGAGGGAAACGCUGGAAGCUCGGCGCUGCUGCAGAGGGUGAAGCGAGGCUGGGUGUGGAAUCAGUUCUUUGUCCUGGAGGAGUACACCGGACUGGAGCCACUUUAUAUUGGAAAGCUCCACUCCGACAUGGAUAAAGGUGACGGCUCCAUCAAGUACAUCCUGUCGGGUGAGGGCGCCGGCACCACCUUCACCAUCGACGACGGCACCGGGGACAUCCACGCCAUCCAGAGGCUGGACCGCGAGGUCAAGUCGCAGUACGUCCUCCGUGCCCAGGCCCGGAACCGCCUGACCGACAGACCGCUGGAGCCCGAGUCCCAGUUCAUCGUCAAGAUCCAGGACAUCAACGACAACGAGCCCAAGUUCCUGGACGGGCCCUACCAGGCGUCGGUGCCCGAAAUGUCCAAGAUAGGAACAUCUGUGCUCCAGCUGACCGCCACAGAUGCCGACGACCCCACGUACGGAAACAGCGCCCGUGUGGUCUACAGCGUCCUGGAGGGCCAGCCCUACUUCUCGGUGGACGCCAAGACCGGCGUGGUGCGGGUGUCCCUGGCCGACAUGGACCGGGAGACCCGGGAGAACUACACCGUGGUCAUCCAGGCCAAGGACAUGGGCGGACAGCUGGGGGGCCUCGCCGGCACCACCACCGUCAACAUCACGCUCAGCGACAUCAACGACAACCCGCCCGUGUUUGACCAGAGGCUCUACCAGAUGAGUGUGCCGGAGUCGGCGCCGGUGGGAACGGCCGUGGGUCGCAUCUGGGCCAAGGACAAGGACAUCGGGGUCAACGCCCAGAUGAAGUACAGCAUCAUCGACGGGGACGGGAGGGACAGCUUCGACGUCACCACGGACCCCACCAACCUCUUUGGCGUAAUCAUGGUGAAAAAGAUGCUGGACUUUGAGAAGAAGCGCAGCUACACGUUGAAGGUGGAGGGGGUCAACACCCACCUGGACCCGGCGCUGCGCCACACCGGGCCCUUCAAGGACGUCACCAUCGUCCACGUGAGCGUGGAGGACGUGGACGAGCCGCCGGCCUUCGACUCGCCGGCGUACCUCGUGGAGCUGUCCGAAGAUGCUGCGCCCGGGACGGUGGUGAAGACGCUGUCGGCGUGGGACCCAGACGCCGCCAACAACACCGUCAGGUACUCCAUAGAGAGGUCCAGCGACCCCGACAAGUUCUUCUACAUCGAGAUCACGUCCGGGCUGCUGAUGACGGCGCGCCCGCUGGACCGGGAGGAGAUCGGCUGGCACAACAUCACCGUCCUCGCCAUGGAGAUGAAUAACCCUACGCAGAUCGCAAGCGUGUUGGUGGCUGUGAAGGUCCUGGACGUUAACGACAAUGCUCCCUCACUGACGCACUACCUGGAGACGUACGUGUGUGAAAACACCAAAGCAGGACAGCUGAUUCAGACAGUGACGGCGGUGGAUCUUGAUGAGCCGAUGGGCGGUCAGCACUUCUACUACAGUCUGGCUCCAGAAGCUGCCAACAACCCCAACUUCACACUGAGGGACAACCAAGACAACACAGCGUGGAUCCUGACGCGGCGCGCCGGCUGGUCGCAGCAGGACCAGAGCGUCUUCUACCUGCCCAUCUUCGUCUCCGACGGCGAGCAGCCGGUCCGGAGCAGCACCAGCACGCUGACCAUCCGCGUGUGCAGCUGCGACCAGGAGGGCAACGUGAUGUCGUGCAACGCCGAGGCCUACAGCCUGCCGGCCAGCCUCAGCAGAGGGGCGCUCAUCGCCAUCCUGGCCUGCAUCUUCGUCCUGCUGGUGAUGAUCUUGCUGAUGCUGUCUCUGCGGACGCACCGUAAGAAGCCCUACCUGUGCGACGAGGAGGAGAACGUCCACGAGAACAUCGUGCGCUACGACGACGAGGGCGGCGGCGAGGAGGACACCGAGGCCUUCGACAUCGCCGCCAUGUGGAACCCGCGCGAGGUGCACCACUUCGGGAAGCUGAGGCAGGACAUGCUGCCGGAGAUCGAGAGCCUGUCCCGCUACGUUCCUCAGGCGCGCGUCGUGGGCGGCGGAGGCGGCGGCGAGGGCAACGUUCACGGCUACGUGAUGGCCAAGCUGCUGGAGGCCGACGUGGACCCGUGUGCGCCGCCCUACGACUCGCUGCAGACCUACGCCUACGAGGGCGAAGGCUCCGUGGCCGAGUCGCUCAGCUCGCUGCAGUCGGGGACGUCCAACACCGACCACGAGUACGACUACCUGAACGACUGGGGGCCGCGCUUUAAGAAGCUCGCCGAGAUGUACGGCGUGCUGGACACGAACAGCCCCCCCAUGUGGUAGGAGGGUGUUUUUAAAAACUGCGACACGCAAGAGAGAGACUAAAAACACACGUGGCGGGACGUGCCGGCGCCCAACACCCGUGACUGAUGGACUUUCUGUGGAAGCCUCGAGUGAGCUGGUUUUAGCCCCGCCACUCCGAAACGGGCCGGAUUCGGGAGCCUCGCUGGGGGCCACGCGGAGAAACGACUUCAAAAGCACACGUUAACCCCCGCCGGAGGCCCCGCCCCCUCGGCUCACGGCGUUUCUGAGAGAUCUGAGCUGGACUUGAAACCACCUACCCCGCGGCGCAGCCGCCGCCGCCCGAGGGGAAACGGCAGCAUCAGUGAGAAGCCGUUGCUGCAUUUGGAAAUGUGUCUUUAUUUAUAUCUUUCUUUCUUUCUUUCACGUGCUGUAUUUAUGUUUUGAUAACUUAUUUGGGUACUUCAAACCAACGAUGUACUUAAAGCCGCCGCCGCGUGAGCAAGUCUGGCUCAAGGAUGUGUUGUAACAUACAUGAUGUAAAGCGCCUGUCGGUCUGUGUGAGAGGAGCUUUUCAUGCCUCUUUAAGGGGGACGUUGUAACCCUAUGUGGGUUUUUCCAAGUGUUUAUUGUAAUAAUGUUUCUUUUUUUUUAGCGCUUUGUAUUGUAACUCACAAUAAUCUCCCCAAAACACGUACGAGGGAGGACCUUUUUGAUAAAAACGGGAUGUUCAGUCACGUGCAAAACGUUGCGCUUCAUCUUUUAAUUGUAAAAAUCAUCUGAUUUUAGUGGGUCUUCGUCACCGUGAGCAUAUUUCCCAUGAUUCAACAGCUGCAACAGUUUCCUGUAUUACUGUUCAAGUCUCUUAAAUGGUUGAUAAGGAAUGCGUCGUCGGGUUGAGGUCUGGACUUUCAACAUGAUCACUGAGGCACAGAUUCUGAUGAAAUGCUAAAGGACCCUUUUAACCCUAUAAUAUAAUGCCAGAUGUUUACGAUAAUGUGUCAUUUGAUACAUGAAUUUCUGAGACCUUUGUAGCAUCGUCUUAAUCAAAAAAGGGUAAAAAAAAAAAAAGGGUCACACAAAAUCAAAAAACUAAAGAAAUAGACCCGACAGAACAGAAUAACAGAAACUCUAGACCAGGGCUCCUCAGGUCCCAGAUGGACCCAGCCCUGCAGGUUUUAGACGCUUCCCUGCUCCAAAAUCCCCGAUUCAAAUAAACCAAUCACCAUUACACGACUCUGAUAAUGAUCCGGUCAUUUGAUGCCCUGGUCCACUUG